UUGCGCUCUGCUAGCCUGGAACGCCAUCUUAAAUAGAAAGGGGGUUUAAACCGGGAGAAAACACGAAAAAGGGUUCUGGGGGGCGCAAACUGUUAUUUUCGUUUGUUUUUUAAAUCCCCUGGACGUCCUGGGACAGUUGUAGUCAUGGCUUUGCGCGUUUCUAUCACGGAGUAAAGGCGCAUACGCAAGGAAAUCGGCAAAGCACUUGUUAGCCUCUAGCUAGCUAGCAAGGGGGAGGGGCGGGGGGUUUGAGGAUUUUUUUUCAGAGCCGAAGUUGUUUGUUUAUGUUAUUCCACUCGGAAAUGUCCUCUUCAAACCCAGAGCUACCAGACCCAAAUCUGGGUAUGGGGGGAAGUGGGACCCAAGCAAGUGGCGGGGCUGUUGUUCCAAAAGGGACCAACAAAAGACGACCUGCGCCAGACUUUGAUGAUGAUGAUGAAGAAGGCAAUAAAUUGUUCAGGUGUGAAGAUGAUACGGGGGGCUCCAAUAAUGACAAAGAGCGCUUUGCCAGGUUUUUGGAAGAAGAUCAGAGUUUUGCAGAUAAGGAAAAACUAGCCAGGGAGAAUCACAGUGAGAUUGAGAGGCGGAGGCGAAACAAGAUGACCGCCUACAUCACAGAAUUGUCAGACAUGGUUCCCACCUGUAGUGCACUUGCACGGAAACCAGACAAACUAACCAUCCUACGAAUGGCCGUGUCCCAUAUGAAGUCUCUGAGAGGAAGUGGCAAUACCAACGCAGAUGGGUCAUACAAACCCUCUUUUCUCACUGACCAGGAGCUGAAGCAUCUCAUACUGGAGGCAGCCGAUGGCUUCCUUUUCGUGGUGUCAUGUGAGACUGGCCGCAUUGUUUAUGUCUCUGACUCCCUGACACCCGUCCUCAACCAGUCACAGUCUGAAUGGCUUGGCUCCUCCCUUUAUGAUCAGCUCCACCCAGAUGACACAGAGAAGCUCAGGGAGCAGCUCUCAACUGCAGAGAAUAACAGCACAGGGAGGAUGUUGGACUUGAAGACCGGAACGGUGAAGAAGGAAGGCCAACAGUCGUCAGCCAGAAUGAGUAUGGGAGCCCGUCGAUCGUUCAUUUGCAGAAUGAGGUGUGGCUCUUGUCCAGUGGAACCAAUGUCUAUGAACAGACUGAACUUCCUUAGGAAUAGAAACAGGAAUGGUUUGGGCACAGCUAAGGAAGGGGAGCCCCAGUAUGUAGUGGUCCACUGUACAGGGUACAUCAAGGCCUGGCCCCCUGCAGGAGUAUCCUUAACAGAUGAUGAUGCAGACAACACUCAGGGGAGUCGCUACUGUCUAGUUGCCAUCGGGAGAUUACAGGUGACUUGUUGCCCAGGUGACACAGACAUAAACAGUAUCAGUGUUCCAGUGGAGUUCAUCUCACGCCAUAACUGCCAGGGCAUGUUCACCUUCAUAGACCACCGCUGUGUAGCGGCUGUGGGCUACCAGCCGCAGGAAUUACUGGGGAAGAAUAUUCUGGAGCUCGCCCACCCUGAAGACCAGGGCUUACUGAGAGACAGCUUCCAACAGGUAGUGAAACUGAAGGGCCAGGUCCUGUCAGUGAUGUUUCGGUUUCGCUCCAAAUCAAGAGAAUGGAUCUGGAUAAGAACCAGCUCCUUCACCUUCCAGAACCCAUUUUCAGAGGAGAUUGAGUAUAUUAUCUGCACCAACGUCAAUGUCAAAAACUCAACACAGGACCCCCUCACUCCCAUCUCCUCCCCAGGGGGUUCGCUGCCCCCAUCCCUGGGCCAGAGCAGCCCAAACUGCGCUCCUGUAGUUAUCAGCCCUGGGCAGGUGGCCACCAGACAGCUACAGCAGCAGCAGCAGGCCGAGCUGGAGGGAGGUGGAACCAGAGAUGGCCUGUAUGAGGCAGGACCAAUCACCCUCUCACAGAUGCCGGUGCAGCCAGUGACGGCAGCAGGGCCGGACCACAGCAAGAGCCUUGAGAAGCCAGAGCUCUACCCCUCCCUUUUCCAAGGCCCAGACCAGACCAAGGUCCUGCCCUCCACCCCUACUCCCUCCACACAGCUCUACUCUCCAGCCAACAACUUUACUGCUGGUCGUCCCAAUGAUGUGUACAGCAGGCCAGUCAAUAUGACUCCACAGAUAACUCCACAGAUGGCACAGCCAGGCCACUCAGCGGGGCAGAUAUUGGCUCAGAUGUCUCGUCAGAAUGGAGUCCCACACUCAGUUACCCCGUCCAGCACUGGCACCCCCAUCCACGGAGGACCAGCAGGAGGAGGAUGGCCUGGGGCUGGUGCUGGACCUGGAGUGAGACCACAAUUUAAUAAUCAGCAGGUGGCUCCCCAGCCAGCAAAGACCAUGUCUCCACCAUUUGCUCGCAUGGGAGUAUUUGGAGGUGGCACCUCCAACUCUUUUGACCAGAUGCCUACAGGUGCUUCUCCCACCACAACCAGUGGUGCAAACUACCCACCCAUUAAUGUUCGUGCCAACCUCAACACCAAUGGUUAUGACGGCUCUCAGUCUGGGGCACAGUUCCCCACUCGGGCUGCAGAGGCAGUGUGGCCCCAGUGGCAAGGCCAGCAGCACUCUCAGAGCAAUGCAGAGCAGCAUCCUCAUGCUCAGGGCAACCAGCAAGACAUGUUUCCUGAUGUGUUGUCUAUGCUGGACCAGCCUGCCAACUUCAACAGCGAUGACUUUGAGAUUCCCAUGUACCCUUCAUUUAACGAGUGACCUGGUCAAUACUUGUCUGCUGGUCUAGCCCUUUGUCUUCUUGACUGUUUUUGCCCUCAGUUUUUCUUAUAUUUAGCUCUUCAGCUCCUCUUCCUGCUCCUGAGAGUAGCACUAAUCCCUUGCUUUGCAUGGCUUAAAUUGCACUGCCACAAGCCAGUUAAAGAUGGAGGGAUAUAUCUGACUGCAGAUAUAUAGGGGAGGAUAAUCAAGGAUUUGCUACUGACUAAAAGAUGAUUAUUUUAACAAUAUUCCGGCCAUUGUAAGAGAAUUCUCUAGCUAGCAUUUCCCAAAGCUCAACAACCUAUGUUGUAGAUAUGUGAUAUAUAUAUGUAUAUAUACAUAUAUAAAAAUAUAUAAAAGCGCACAAUCACACAACCACACUUGAAUAGAUUGCACAGAAAUACUUUCUUACACUCUGGUAAACAUACACACACACAAAGGCCUUUUAUUUUAAUAUGUUCCUAGUUUUUCUCAGGCAUUGAUGUAGAGUGUAUUUUGCUGUUUUACCCUUUAGCAUGUAGACUAAUCACUCCAAUCAUUUAUUAAAACUCUCAGGAAAUUGCAGGGAUAUACAGCUUUCUUUGGUGAUUUUUAGAUUCUCAGCUGUGGCACGCAAACCCACCACUGUCUGUCCUAACCUCACUCAUGGUUUUAAAUCCACAGCAUGUCUCUGCAUGUGAGCACUGCUUUCAUGGAGCGCUUCUACAAUACUGAGUACAGCUUUCUCUGUACAGUGGUGGCUUCACCUAUAAAUUUUGUAACUUUGUUUUUCCUCUACAUGUGAGGGUUUUUCCUCCUUGAAUGAUUUACUUCAACAGACACAUAGUGUUACAAUGGCUACGUACUGUUUGUCUCAGUGCCCGUUGGAAAUGUAUACAAUCUAUUUUUCUUUGCCUACAUAUACAUAUAUACAGUAUGCAUGUGUGUAUGUAUGUAAAAUGGAUGCAUACAGAGUCAUUAUCAGCUUCUAACACUGUUGUAGGGUGUCUGACUCGCUUGAUAUUCUUCUUUCUGCUGCCCUGCUUUACCCUGUACCAAUUAUGGGCUUUUUGUACUCCUUUUGUAAAAGAAAUACAAAAAAAGAUAUCUCACAGCAAUAAUUAACAAGCAGGAAUUGUGUACUUUUAAAGCCAUUCUUUGUCGUCAUAAAUGUUGUCCUUGAAUAAUGUUAUUUUCAAAUGGAGACAUGUGGUAGUAAUGUUUGAUUUAAUUGGACUGUUUCCCAGUAUUUUAUUGUUAUUUCGAAAUGUUUGAUGAUCUCUCGACCUUUCCAUUGCCCUUGUCUGAUUGGUAUUUUAUUAAUGGUUUGAUCAGGGUAUUCAGGAUCAAAAUGGAAUAAACAGAGAUAAAAACAAGAUAAUCUACAAAUGAGAACCCCCCAGAGUUUUUUUUUUUUUUUUUUUUUUUUUUAAGUAUUUUGUCCUCCUGUUUAUGACAAACAUUUUACUUGGACUGAAUCUUUGCCAACCAGAUCCAAUCACCUGUGUUUUACAAUCAGUUUUUGGUAAAUUUGUAUUGUAGACGACUGUUGUCAGAUGAAAGAUACUGCUUCUAAAAUGUUUUAAUUUGUAAUAUGUGGAAUUAGUUUAAAUUUGACCCUUUUAAUUACAGUUUUCCACUGUCAGUGUGUAACACUCACACACCAAUGAGGACAAAUUCUGUAAUUGUAUGUAAACGCGUGCUGAUAAUUGUCCAGUUUUUAUCUUCAUGAGGGUGGUAUGUUGGUGACCUUGUUGUCUUUGUUAUUGUUGGUAACCUCUUUGGUUGCUCUGUAUUGAGUUUUUUUUUUUGUUUGUUUGUUUUCAAUUAUGUGAACUUUUAUCACUCAUAGAAACACAAAUAUAUAAAUAUACUGUAUAUGUCUAUGAAAUGUUAAAGAAAGAAAUGUUUGGUUUUUGUAUUAAAUUGUUAUAUUGU